AUGUCGUGGAGAAAUCAAGGCAUCACAGGCUCGAAUAAUAUUCCUCUGGGCAAGCGUCGUUUCGCUGGCGACGAUGAGGAAGUAGCCAGCCACGAACCGCCGCGAGGCCGCGACCCAGAACCCAGAAGCGAAGCAGAUGGCCCUCGCCGUAGAAAGAAGCGCAACAGAUGGGGUGACGCAUCCGAGAACAAGGCUGCCGGCCUAAUGGGCUUGCCCACCGCCAUCAUGUCUAACAUGACUAGCGAGCAGUUGGAAGCUUACACUUUGCAUCUUCGUAUCGAAGAAAUCAGCCAGAAACUGCGUAUUGACGAUGUCGUCCCUGCCGACGGCGAUAGAUCGCCCUCGCCAGCUCCCCAAUACGAUAACCACGGUCGACGUAUCAACACGCGCGAAUACCGAUACCGCAAGAAGCUCGAGGACGAGCGACACAAGCUGAUUGAAAAGGCUAUGAAGACGAUUCCUAACUAUCAUCCUCCCCAGGAUUAUCGCAGGCCCACCAAGACCCAGGAGAAGGUCUACGUACCUGUGAAUGACUACCCGGAGAUUAACUUCACUUUCUCCCCCUAUCAAGUUGGCUUACUUAUCGGACCUCGUGGUAAUACACUCAAGAAAAUGGAGGGGGAAUCUGGUGCCAAAAUUGCUAUCCGAGGAAAAGGCUCCGUCAAGGAGGGCAAAGGCCGCUCAGAUGCCGCUCACUCAAGCAACCAGGAGGAGGACUUGCACUGUCUUAUCAUGGCAGACACGGAGGAUAAGAUCAACAAGGCGAAGCAGCUUAUUCACAACGUCAUUGAAACGGCGGCUUCCAUCCCAGAAGGCCAGAACGAACUGAAGCGCAAUCAAUUGCGAGAGCUAGCUGCGCUCAACGGUACUCUACGAGAUGACGAGAACCAGGCUUGCCAAAACUGUGGCAAGAUUGGCCACCGCAAGUACGACUGUCCCGAGCGCCAGAACUACACUGCCAGCAUCAUCUGCCGUGUUUGUGGUAACGCGGGACACAUGGCCCGUGAUUGUCCCGACCGACAGAGAGGUGCUAGCUGGCGAAACGAUGGCCGGCCGGCAGGUAGACCCAAUGGCGGGGAUGCGGUUGAUCGUGAAAUGGAGCAACUCAUGCAAGAACUCGGAGGAGGUGGUCCUCAAGCUCGAAUUGAAGCCGGUCCUGGGGGCGGUGAUCAAAACGGAGCAGAUGUCAAGCCCUGGCAACGAGGACCUACUGGUGGCCCUGCUCCCUGGAGAUCUCGCAACAACGACUCCCAUGACGGCGAGUCUCGUGGAUCUGGUGCCGCGCCACCCUGGGCUCGGGAACGAAACCGUGGUGGGCAUGAUCAUGGAGACCGUGACCGGGAUCGCGACCGAGACCGUGAUAACGGCUAUGGUCAAGGUUACGGUUCUUCUGGAUCCGGUGCUCCUCCUCCUUGGCAGCAGCAGCAGCAGCAACAGCAGUACCCGGCACCCGGAACCCAAGGCGGAUACCCUGGAUAUGCUGGUUACGGCGGUUAUGCACCUCCUCCUGGUAUGGGCGCACCUCCAGGUCUUCCUCAGACUGGUGCCGGACUUGCAGCUCCCCCUGGCCUUGCAGGAGUAAAUGCUCUAAUUCAACAAUAUGCCGGCGCCGCUGGCCAAGCUCCUCCUCCGCCACCACCUUCGGGCGAUGCGCCGCCGCCGCCUCCUCCCCCUCCUGGAAACCAGCCUCCCCCUCCACCGCCUCCCGGCGCUUGA